AUGACGCCAAUCGAUACAGAACCAACCCGUGCACGCUCGAUGGAGGUCCAGAAGGCCGAAGUGGUCGCACUGCAAGUGCCUAUCUCCAAGCAGCCGACGGCCGAGCCGCGACCUACAGCCAAGAUCGAAAAUAAUGACGUCUACCUGCGCGGCGGCCGCAUGGAUGUUGGCUGCAGCUUCUGUCAUAAUACCUGCACGUUUAGGAAAGGGUGCUGCUGA